AUGACCAGCUCUAGGUUGUCGCAACUUUCGACUAUUUCACAAACUAUAAUAAAAAUUGAAGUUCGGAAAAUUGAAGAUAAAAACAAGUGUGUGGCCACUUUUCGUAAACGUCGUGAUGGUCUUUUCAAAAAAGCCUUGGAACUUCAUCAUCUAACUGGUGCAGAGAUUAUGCUCACUUUAGUGUAUAAUAAAUCAAAGUAUUGCUUCAAUUCUCAUGGGAAUGUAGAUCAAAGCAAUAAACUGGUCAAUACAUUUCAUUAUACUAAACAGUUUCAAUUCAAGGCGUGUGGAUCUCAUCUUUCACAAGGUUGUAAUGAAAUCAAUUGUUCAUCUAAACUAAACAAUCAUAAGAAAAAUGACAAUAUAAACCAUUACAAUGAUACACCUUCUCUUGGGAUAAAUUUAAAGUCUGAUUACUCCUGUUCAAAUGGGAAUAAAUUGAAUUACCUACCUAUGAUAGAAUCAUUUAGUUAUACAAAUUAUAAAUCUAAACGUAUGAAAUUGACUAAUGAAGAAAGAAUGGCUAAUAUACGCUAUUUAAUUGUUGAUGAAUUAUUUAAACGAGCAUUACUUCGAUUUCGUACAUUAUCCAAAGUAUCCAAUGUGAAUAAGAAAGAAUCAUUAAUCAGCCCAGUUUAUAACAGUUGGACUAUGUUAAGUCCAUCAAGUAUUAUACCUAGUCGAAGGAUUUCAUCACAUGUGAUUAACUCAUCGGAGAAGUCAUUCUAUGAAAAUAAUUCAUCUACAGAUUGUACAAUUGAAACACAUACAGAUUCCUUGUUAUUUCAACCGAAUCAAUCAUUACACAUUGUUUAUCCUAAUGAUUUCUCCUAUUCAUCGAAUACAGAUCAACUUCAUAAGGAGUUGAAUUCAAGUCCUACAUUGAGUCAAAUUUUAGAGUUUAUCGACGAGAAUAUUAACAAUACGAAUAGUAAUAAUAAUAAUAAUAAUAAUCUUGAUGAUACCGACAAUACUAACUCUAAAAAUUAUUUCGAUUUAGAUGAAAAUCAACAGUUUUACUGUUAUCCUGAAUUGAAAACACCAAAUAUGAUCUGUUAUUUAGAUGAAUCAGUCAGUGUGUAUCCAAGUAAUGAUAAGGAGGCAAUAAUUAA